UAGACAGAACACAGAAUGGAGCGACGCGCUACGAGGCUGCGGACCUACCAGCGUGACAGGCGAAAGUUUGCCUGCAUAUGCUACACGCUGACACUGUCCUGGCUGCUGCUCGCCCUGCUCCAAUGGCUGCUCAUCUCUGUCAUCGCGCAGCUCACUGUCGUCUUCAUCGAGUAUUACUGGAUCAGUUUGAUUUUCUUUGUGGUGGCCAUGGUGCUGGUCAGCAUUUUCGUCUUCUACGAGAGGGUGCGCGCCAUCACAGGCCUGAACUGGCUCAUGUGCCUGCUGAUAGUGGAGUUUGUCAUAAUCGGCGUGUUCAAUCUGGCCGCACUGAGCCACUGGCAGGAGCUGCUCGUUUGGUGCUUCUCCUGCAUGCUGCUCUUGUUUGUGUUUGUACUUAUUGGAUCCAUUAUACCGCACGAUCUAACGCUGGAUGUGGUCAUACUUUUUGUCUUGGCUUUUAUCUUUCUCAUCGUUACCGUGUGGUUUGCUAUGAUUAGCAUUCUGGUAAAGGUGCCCUACUCCUUUGUCGUCUAUCAGUUGUGCAUUGCCAUCGUUGUGCUGCUGUUUGUGAUGUACCACGCUCAGACCAUCAAUGGCGGACGUUUUGCGGAGAUGCGUCUCAAUGAUUACCUGCUCGCCGCGCUCAUCCUUUUCCAUGACUUUACCAUACUCUUUCUGCUGACAUUCUAUCAGCAGCUCGUCCUGAGAUUCAUUGCGGGCGCCACCACAACAGCGAGGCCCGUGAGUCAGGAUAUUCGUGGCAUGGGUUACUUUGAUCCCAUCAUAGGACCAGUUGAACAGGACUACGUGGACGAUGAUGACAACAACAGCACCGCAGCAGUCCAGUAAAUGAACAAACAAACCCUGCGGCAUGGAGCGGCCUUUUUUAUUGCAACAACAAAUGGAACAUUAAGUGUCAUACCCGCAAGCCUUGCCAGCAGUUCACAAUCUCAGCUUUAGACAGGCAUAGAUAUAAGCAUAGUAAUACGAUUAUUUUGUGGAUAUUUAA